AUGUCUCUGGAAAAUAUGGUUUGUUUCGUUCAUUUGGAAGAAUUGGAAAAGAAUGGAGAAAAACCAUUGGACUUGGCAACAAUGAAAGAUUUUGAGAAGAAUUACAUUGAGAAUAAUGCAAUUUAUGAGAUUAAUAUUGCUUCCUCUCUGAAAAAGUCAUUUUAUGAUUUGAUGAGAAGGUGUGAAAAUUCAAGUCAGGUCAAUAAGAGUGGAACUGAGCUUAGUCAAUUUGGAGAAUCAAAGGAAAAUUUGAAUGUUGAUUCGUCACUUCCUAAAGUUAAAGAACUUAUUGACCUUUUGAAAACUUCAAUUUUACAAAAUCUUGGUGAUACUCUUUCACGAUUAGAAACAACGAGUCAAUUCAAGCAUUGGUAUGAAGUUUAUAACAUUCAAUCCAAGAAUCAAGUUUAG